AUGCCUGAGUUAGCAGAAGUGGCGCGAAUUGUCCACUACAUUUGCACAAAUCUUGUUGGCAAAACCAUCACCCAAGUCCACGCCCAACAUGACCCCGUCGUCUUUGGCAAAGCGGGAACGUCGGCUACGGAGUUCAAGAAACACAUGGAGGGUAAAAAGAUUGUGGGUUCGGGGCAGCAAGGGAAAUAUUUCUGGAUAAUCAUGUCCUCGCCCCCCCAUCCUGUUAUGCAUUUUGGCAUGACUGGUUGGCUGAAGUUCACAAACGUGAACACGCAUUAUAGUCGAACCGCCCCGUCGCCGAAGAAUGAAGAAUCGGUGUGGCCGCCGAAAUUCUGGAAAUUUAGGCUCCAACUUGAUGAUUCCUCGAAUUCUGAAGCUGCAUUCGUCGAUCCACGGCGGUUUGGACGAGUGAGGUUGGUCGAUUGCCCUGGAGCCGAGAUCAGAAAACAUAGUCCGCUGAAGGAGAAUGGGCCAGAUCCCAUAUUGGACAAAGAUAUCAUGACGUUGGAUUGGCUAAAGAAAAAGUUGGCAAGCAAGAAAGUUCCCAUGAAGGCUUUACUGCUUGAUCAAGCCAAUAUCAGUGGCAUUGGCAAUUGGAUGGGGGAUGAAAUAUUGUACCAUGCCAAAAUCCACCCAGAGCAAUACUGCAAUACCAUCCCAGAGGCUCAGAUCGAACAGCUCCACUCCGCAAUCAACUACGUAUGCUCAAUGUCAGUUGAUCUCCUGGGAGAUUCCGAAAAGUUUCCCGCCGACUGGCUGUUCAAGCAUCGGUGGGGCAAGGGAAAGCAGAAUCGUUCUCAAAAGUUACCCAAUGGCGACAAAAUUGUUUUCAUCACCGUUGGGGGCCGGACCAGUGCCGUAGUGCCAUCUGUACAGAAAAAAACAGGCCCAGUUGCAGCGGAUGCAGAAGAUGAGGUUACAGAGAUUGAUGAGUCACCACCACCUAAGAAGAAGAAAGGCGCCACUGCAAAGGAGAACAAAGGGGCAGAGAACCCUAAGGAGGAAUCUUCCACCAAGAAAGCUGCAACUAAGAAGUCGAAAGUUGAACCGACAGUAGAAGGUGAUGAGGAGGCACACGGGCAGAAGCAAAAGGCUGUUGCGCAAACUGAAUCAUCUUCAAGGCGUGGGAAAUCCUCUCGUUCGAGGAAGUGA